AUGUAUUGUAAAGCUACAAUGUUUAUACAUUUCAAAAUUUCUGCAUACUUAGCUAAAACAUUUCGUCAACAUAUACUGUGUAAGUGUUUCACGGAAAGAUAUGCAAUGACAAAUGAAAAUACUAGAACAAAUUGUGUACAAAAUCUACCAAUCUCAAUAAAACCAGCAAUGGAUAAAUUCCCAAAAUGUUCAACAUAUGAUUUCUAUUUUAUGUUUCGUAUAUUCGUCUCUGAAUUAAUCGGUACAGGGACGUUAUGUUUUGUUGCGGUGCUGUAUACCUAUCCACCGAUUACUAAUCCAGUACCAGAUUGUAUAAUUGUCUUUUUAACCUUUUCAUGGAUUGUCUGGAUAUUUGGUCCGAUCAGUGGUGCACAGAUUAAUCCAAUUGUAACCAUAGCAUUCUUAUUUAUACGAAAAUUAUCAAUAGUUUAUGCUGUAUUGUGUAUAAUCGCUCAGAUAAUUGGUGCAAUUCUAGGCGCAUUAAUUGGUAAAGCCUUGCUGCCUAGCAGUUUAUCACAAGUGGAUAAACUUGGUGUUGUAGCAAAAAAUCCAAUAGUAUCACAAGGAAAUGCUGUUGCUUUUGAAUUUUUCGGUGGAAUGGCAAUUGUAUUAGCUAUUCUAGCUACAACUGAUGAAUUUCGACCAUCAACAUGGACAGCUGGUUUAUUUGUUAGCCUACCAUUUCAAAUGGGUGUCGUACAUGCCUUAUUAGUUGGAAUAUUGGCUAGAUAUUCUGGGAGUGGUUUGAAUCCAGCACGUUGCUUGGGUACCGCUAUUGUUGCGAAUGAUUAUACGGAUGUAUGGAUUUAUUUUGUCGGUCCUCUGUGUGGUUCUUUAUUCGCUGCUAUUCUCUAUGAAACUGUACUAUCACAUGGUGUUUCAUUAAAUCGUUUGAAAGCCUGGUUAACAAGUCCAGAUUUUGAUCGUGAAGUGGAUUAUAGCGCUAGAAAUCAAGUACCCAUUGGAAAUCAGGAUUAACAUGAUGAAUGUGAUCUGAUCUGUAUUCUGGCUAACUACAUAAAUUUCGCCUGUACAAAAUAAAAAAACUACUUGCAUUGACUGGCAAGAAAUGUGGUAAUGAUAAUAACAAUAAUAAUAACGAUAAAUGAUGGUAAUAAUAAUUCUUUUUAAUAGAAACUAGAUUAUUACAAAUAAAUGAAAACUUAAAUGGUAAUCAGUCUGUUCUUUUCCGCUUCUAACCAUUACAAAUAAUGACGGUAAAAGAUAUCUAAUUAUAUAGAAAGCGAAAUAACUCAAAAUGGCUUAACGUACAUUUUUGUUAACUGUCCAGUUUUUAUUGAGUCGUUACAUCCAGAUUAGUGAACAUUGAUUACUUCAUUGUUGGUUACGUAAUCAAAUGCUUUGUAAAGUUAAAAUAAUUUUCAAAAAUCCUCAUUUAUAAAUUUUCGGAAAGUAUACAUAUACAGAGAAGUGAAUAUACAAUCCACUAACCAUUGUUUGAUUACGUAAUCAAAUGAUUUUACUAAGCCUUUUCUAAGAAUUAUGAACCAUGAAUGCAUAA